GCGGACUUUGAUGAUGAAGAUUUUGACCUGAUUCAGCCAUCGCUGAUCCAGCAAUUAAGGAAAAUUUUAGAUGAAUACCCAGACGACGGACAGGUCUUGAAGGUAACGUUGGAUUUUUUCUUUCGCAUUAUACUCUAGCAAAUUAACAAAUGAAUAUGAUUAUAAAAACGAUCUUAGUCUUAUAGCGAAGGUGAAGUGUAAGGGCCUAUUCACAUUUCAAUGCACCUUUCCAUUGUUUUGAACAGGUUAUUAUUUCCAGUAAAUGGAAGGGCAGGUCACUGACGUGGAACAGGAGGUUAUUAUUACGAAUAAUAACUUAGGGACGGACCAUUAGAAAACUUACGGGGAGGGGGGGCGAAAUACCAAAAAAAAUUUCGCGCAAAUGCAAGGGAAAAUUGAAUGAAAAAAAUUCUUGCACGCCAAUUAAUCCUAAAAAAUAUUCAUGCUAUGGCCUAAAAAAAAGUCAUACAAGGAAAUUGAUGACGAAAAAAAAUCCCUGCGGCUCGAAAAUUCCCCUCCCCCCCCCCCCCAUAACUUUUGUAAUGGUCCGUCCCUUAUUGUUCCAUUUCAGUGGCCACAAUAAUGACCUGCUGGUUCUAAAACAAUGGAAAGGAGCAUUAAAUCGGAUAAUGCCCUCGCUCCUCGGCCUUCUUGAAAAUAAUGACCAAGGCCUCGGAGCUCUAGCCUCCCACGCAGGCGUUUUUAAGGGAGCUCGUUUUUCAUCCCUCCACAGGUAUUAUUCUAUAUAGCCAAGCCUUGAGAGACUGCCAGCUACUGCUGCUAAAGUUCAUGAAAAAUUUUUGCGCCUUGCAAAAGAAAGGUCCUCCUCCGAUACGUUAAUCCAGGCAGAUCUAUUUUGUUGACACUGUAGUCUGUCCAUGUCAUGUUCUUGUUGAAAAUUGCUACAGGCGAUGUCUAGUAUUGCUUUGUUCAAAUUUCUAAGCGUAAGCCUUUUUUCUUGGUAAUCAAGCACAUUUCAGUUUUCUUAAUGACUGUGUGUAAUUUUUCGCUUCUUUCGCCUUUUUUUUGUUUAUUCUUGCAUUAUUUUUUUCUCACCUUUUCUUUUUCGUUUUUGCACUUACACGUUCAGCCUUAAUUAUUUUUAUCCCAUUUAAUGAUCAUUUUCUAUUUUUUAAAACACCUAGCCUAGAGAUAUGAUAGUAGGUUUGCAAGUUACGACCUUUCCGCGAUUGCCCUCCCUCUUAGUGGACUUCAUGAAUUUGAAUUACAGCCAAACAUUUCCUUACGGAGAUUUUACUUUGUCUUUAUGUUAAUGAUAUCUUAAAGUUCUGUACUGUUUACGUUUCCUUAAUAAUACCCGCGCAUUGCUCUGUAGAUUAAUUAUGAUGUAUUUUGUUUUGUUUCUAAGGAACUUAUUCAAAAUGCGGAAGACGCGGGUGCCACACAAGUCAAAUUUCUGCACGACAAACACAGCUAUGGCACAGAUGAGCUCUAUAACGAUGAACUGGCAAAAUUUCAGGUACCACCUUCUCAGUUCGAUUUAAAUCUUGAACCUGACGAAAGCGCCAAUUCAUGAAUUUCGUAGAUGAACAUCACGAUUUCUGUCUACCAGCCCUGCUUUGUGGUGAUGUACCAACCAAACUCGAGCUCGUCCUUUUCUUGCUAGACUGCCCCCUUUAAUUCGUUUCCGGCGUUCCCUCGUUUCUCGACCUGUGUGCCUCAAUCUUAGUGCCAAUACGUAUAGUCAUUCUAACUCAUUUUCCAGAGUUCAUAGCCUUGCAAAUUUGGCGUCCUUCAUGCCGAUGGUCUUAUAAAAAGCUUUUGGUGAUCCGAUUAGCUAUAUCGUUCAGUGAUGCCUCUGUUAAAAAGGCCACCUUUCCUUUGCAGGCCCUUGUUCCAGUCCCGGCAGACAGAUUUAGUCUUGUUUCCAAAUAUUUAAAACUGCCCCCUUCAUACAACGGCCUCCGGUGUCUUAUCGUAAGAUGUUUGUUUUGAGAGGUUCUUCUCUGCUUGAAAAAAAAGAACCAUAUUAAAGGCGCACGAAAAAAGCGCUAAAUGUUAAGGAACUUAUAUCCUUGUUACUUGUUCAUAGGGUCCAGCACUUUAUGCCUACAACAACUCCAAAUUUUCCAAAGAAGAUUGGAGAGGCAUCCGAUUAGUCUGUGACAGCAUCAAAGUAGAGGAUCCCAUGAAAGUUGGUCGCUUUGGUUUGGGAUUCAAAUCUGUGUUUCACAUGACAGGUAAAGUAAAUACUUUCCGCGUACGCGAGAGAUUUUCUUUAUUAAUUAAGAUAUCUGGUCCAGAAAAGGUAAAAAAAAAAGUAGCGACCAAUCAUCCCCCACUUCAGCGUUGGGAAACCACUUAAGCUCGACGUCAGUGCGACGAGGUAGUAGUUUGUGCGACUUACUCAAGGCUUACAAAACUGAGUUGUCAAAUCAAUUAAGGGAAAGCUACUAUGGUUGAAGAAAGGGUAGCUGACAAUAGUCUUUACAGACCUUCUCUAAACUAUUUAAUAUGCUGUAUUGAGAUUUUAUCAGUAGGAAACUGUCUGUAAUAGAGAGGUGUCGCUCACAUUUCAGCGGUGUCCGUAACAGGGAGGUGACAGUAUGGAGAGGUUCGAAAGUGAUGCAUAUUAUUUAAGUUUAGUAAUUAACUUUUACGUACGUAGCCCUUUCUCCCCUCAGAUUUGCCAAGCUUGAUCAGUGAUUCGCGGAUUGGCUUUAUUGAUCCUCAUGGCGUUCAUUUUCCGGACAGGCGUCGCAUACGAACAGGGAAGUACUGGCGACUUGACGAAGACCGCGCGUCCAUCGAUGAGUUUUCAGACCAAUUCCUUCCUUAUAAAGGCAUAUUUAACUGCACAGAUGAAGUUUUCUCCCAGGGAUUCUAUGACGGAACCCUAUUCCGUUUUCCAUUCAGAAGGGAACGCUCAGACCUUUCAGAAACAUUGUACAACGAAGAUAAGAUGAGGACGUUGUUUGACAGUUUCAAAGCCGAUGCUUCCCUGAUCCUCCUGUUUUUGCAGAGUCUGGAAUCUGUUGAGCUCUAUACCAGAGAGGAAUCAGAUUCCAGCCCCAGUAAAAUCUUUCAAGUAAAGAUUGCAGAGAAAAGCCUGCAAACAGUUCGUGCGAAGAGAAAGGAGUUUCGGAAGAAAAUCACACCUGGGAAAGUUAUGCCCGAACCAGUCACAGUGAGCUAUCCAAUGACCAUUGAAACAACUAAUUUUGAGACGCACUUGACAGAGAAACACUCAUUCUUUGUUACAAACUACUUCUGUGGUGGGCAAGUAUCUUCAACGUUCAAAAAGUUGAUGACAGAUAAGGUUCUCAGCUAUCUCCCCACAGUUGGUGUUGCCAUGGCAUUGCCAGACGGUCCACAGUUACAGACGCCUGAUAUCCAAGGCCACGUCUUUUGUUUCUUGCCGUUACCAGUCCAGACGAAAAGCUUAACUGGUUUGCCAGUGCACGUUAAUGGUUUCUUUGCCUUGAGUCAAAAUAGGCGUUACAUCAAGUCUCCGAAUGCAGAUCAAGAAGAACGCCAGAAGACAGGACGUAAGAUGACUGAUAAAUCCUUGUUAUGGAACAAGUGUCUCCUCGAAGAGGCCCUUCCUAAGGCUUAUACCACCAUGAUUUUGGAAGCCAUAAAUGAGAAGUCUGUUUUCAUUUCCAAGACAGCAAUCUAUAAGUAAGUUACAUGUUUCAGUACAUCGAAAUACGGCGCCCUAAUGAAAUUUGUUCGCUACUGGUUGUUGUUUUUUUUUUUUUUUCAGAAAACAAAGUAAUCUUUUUAAAGAUUACUUUGUUAAUUAAAAUUACUUAAAAGAUUUUACGGAUAUUUAGUGAAAUAGGAGAAAAGGAUGUCCUUCUGACGUUUACACGAGUUUGAAAAAGUAAAAGUAUGCAGAUUAAAGAAAGAUCCAAUUCCCAGGAUAGAAAAAACAACUUCUUAUACACAAGCUUACGACUUCAUCGCGGAAUCUUUAUCAAGUGAUGGAAUGGGACGUUUUGUCGCGUUAUUUAUACUGCGAAUCACGCGACAAAACGUCCCAGUAUACGUAGAAAGUAGGGAGCUCGUAACCGCCAUCACUGUUCAAUGUUCUUGACGCCUGAAAAAAAUAUUUCGAUGGCCUAUUUAUUUUCUAUAUUUGACUUCUGUUGGCCUCAUGGAUAGUGUCUUCAUCCUUCAUUGUCUUUCCACUGCUAUCCUGACUAUAGGUUUUUUUUUGGCAAAUUUACUUUCUUUAACUCCAUUUUAAAGUGAGAAAAAAAGAUAAAUUAUGAAUGAUAAUCCAUAAAAUAUUAUAUCAAGACGUUGAAGCUUUCGCAGAUUUUGUUCAUGAAAGGAGAACCUUAGAGAUCAUCAUCUUGUGUAUCUGAGAAAAGAGGUUUUCUAAUGUGACUAGAAUGGAUACCAAGUCAGAUUGUCAUCUUCACUCAAAAUACAUGACAGGAUCGAGUCUUAUAACUUAAAGUCGUAUAUAAGAGAAGAAAGAAAACAGUAGGUAGUAUGUAGGACUUGAACCAACGUCACUUAAUGUAUAAUCCAUAUCCGCAUCCACUACACGUAUCCACUACACCAUCAAGGGCUAACUGCCGACACCGGUUAAUUUUAACGUACUUUACAUGGCAUUGAUCAUUACACUAUUGAAAGCUAACGGGUUUUUAAACAGUCCUUAACCCUAAUCACUGUACUUCGGUGCUAAACCCUCUAUUCAACCCUUUUCCUUGUACAACUGUCUUUUACUCUGAUUUCCCCAAUCUUCUUCACUUUUUCACUCUUCCACUCUUCUUUUCAAGAAUGUGCCCAAUCAAUUCGCAUAAAUAUAGUAUAGCGUGGUAUAGAGUAUAGCGUUAUGUAGUAGACAUAAGGUGUCCAACCUGAUUUUUAGUUAUCCCGUCUAGUCACCACCGUUUUCUGAUACUCACUGUGCCGUGAUUAUAAAUUAAGCAAGUAUUUGGUCUACCAUAAAGCACCACCCACAACGUAAGUGUGAUCCAUUUUUGCUGUUAUUCAGAUGAAAACUGUUCUGUAAGACUAUUGAACAAAUUUUCUUUAUUAUAGUCCAGUGCAUCUUGAAUCCAAUACAAUUUUUCAACCUGACCUUCUUGGAUUCUAAUUACACUGAUUUGCUCUUAAUGUCAAAAUGAAAUCCCAAGAAUGUUCGUAUGGAAGUUAGGUCAGUUCAGAAAAAAUAUCAACUAGGAAAAUCAAAAAGGCCGAACUUUCUGUUUUAAUAAUAUUAUAUAACAGAAACAAUCUGAGAUAGUAAAGGCGUCACGAAAACAAGGUCAAGCGAAAAUAAAACGCACUUGAUGUGGGUUAAAGGGAGCCGGUGGUGCCAUUAAAGCAGCCAAGUGUUUUACAGGCUGCAAAACAGGGCAUUGACAAAGCAGGAGUCGCAAUCAGUACUCUAUUUUUUAUCUCCUUUCAGAGCUUGGCCUGACAUAAAGUCUAUAAACAAGCAGUGGGAAGGACUUGAGGAACCUUUGUUUCAGUUACUUUUGGCAAAGAACGUUGUUCACACAGAAGCAAAAGGUGGUAAUUGGCUGGCCGUUUCAGAAGCGCUUUUUCAGCGUCGAACGGACGGCGAACAACUUCAACUGCUUCAGAAGGUUCUGCUAUCCAUCGGUGCCCCUACUGUUACUGCACCAAGUCAUGUACUCCGGGCUCUGGAUGCCUAUGCAUUAAAUCAAAACGAAAUCACGCCUUCUUUGAUACGACAUGUGUUAAGGAAGGUACCCUUAUGCUACACAAGGCUUGAUAAGACAGAAAAGCUGCUGCUCCUUCAGUUCUGUCUCAGUGAUCGUGCUUUUAAGGAUCUGGCUAGCUUGCAACUUUUGCCAUUGGCCAAUGGAACGUUUGCCAAAUUUGAUAGCAGUGCUACGACAGUUUACAUAACCUCUCCAGAACAUCCUCAAGAACUGUUUCCAGGCACACCUGAAACAUUUUUGCAGAACGACUUGGACGAAGAUAUUCUUCAAAGACUAACAAGCGCAGCUUCUGAAGGUAGGCUUCUCAUAACAUGAGCUAUUUCUCCGGAUACCAGAAUCAAUGUUUAGGCCAGGAAGGCACAAAUGAGCACUGGAGCACACCCUUUCGCAUGGAGAACAAAAGUUCGUUUUGUAUGCCGUAUUAAACCGAAAUAAUCUGGAUUCUUCAAUUCUACUAAUGUAAUCAACGCCUACAGUAAAAUUUAUUUGGAUUUAUAUCAUUUGCUAAAGGUUAAGGAUGGAAAUGAGCGAUAGUGAUGACGUUUCGAUGAUGCCAUCUCAUCAUUUUCAUUCUUAAUUCCGUGAUGUCAUUGUUUAACGAGAUACGCGCCGAAGUCUAGUUGAAUGUGAUGAGCUGAGAAAUACAAUAUAAAAUGUAAAACUUGUUGAUUAUCAGGUAAAUAGCUUACUGUUAUAAAGUCAGAGUGGCUGUUCUGUUGAGGUUUCUUUUCUCUGGGUUUCCAUCAAUGUACGUUUUUCUUCGUUUAAGCGUUUCGAAAAGUUUCCUAAAUCAACCGCAGUACAAUAAAAGAUUGAAAAGAUUGUUCAGCUCCUUUUUUAAAACUUGUCUUGAUAAUCAGUCAUACUUUGCCUUUGGUUUUUAAAACGAAAACACCAAUGAUAAGGUCUUGGACGUGCUAAUCAACGUGUUUUAUAAUUACAUUUAAAUACAACAGAACAUACUCAACUACAGCUCCUUAGAAGCCACCAUGUACCUGAACUUCUUGGGCAGUCACUUCCGCAAGACUGGAAAAAAGGCGACCCAGUGUUGUGGUAUCCAGNAGUUUACAUAACCUCUCCAGAACAUCCUCAAGAACUGUUUCCAGGCACACCUGAAACAUUUUUGCAGAACGACUUGGACGAAGAUAUUCUUCAAAGACUAACAAGCGCAGCUUCUGAAGGUAGGCUUCUCACAACAUGAGUUAUUCCUCUGGAUACUAGAAUCAAUGUGUAGGCCAGGAAGACGCAAAUGAGCACUGGAACACACCCUUUCUCAUGGUGAACAAAAGUUUGUUUUGUAUGCCGUAUUAAACCCAAAUAAUCUGGAUUCUUCAAUUCUACUAAUGUAAUCAACAGUAAAAUUUAUUUGGAUUUAUAUCAUUUGCUAAAAGUUGAGGAUGGAAAUCAGCGAUAGUGAUUAUAUUUCGAUGAUGCCAGCUCAUCAUUUUCAGUCUUAAUUCCCUGAUGUCAUUGUUUAACGACAUACGCGCCGAAGUUUAGUUGAAUGUGAUGAACUGAGAAAUACAAUAUAAAAUGUAAGACUUGUUGAUUAUAAGGUAAAUAGCUUACUGUUGUAAAGUCAGAGUGGCUGUUCAGUUGAGGUUUCUUUUCUCUGAGUUUCUAUCAAUGUACGUUUUUCUUCGUUUCAGCGUUUCAAAAAGUUUCCUAAAUCAACUGCAUUAUAAUAAAAGAUUGAAAAGAUUGUUCAGCGGUUUAGUUCCUUUUUUAAAAAUUGUCUUGAUAAUCAGUCAUACUUUGCCUUUGGUUUUUAAAACGAAAACACCAAUGAUAAGGUCUUAGACGUGCUAUUCAACGUGUUUUAUAAUUACAUUUAAAUACAACAGGACAUACUCAACUACAGCUCCUUAGAAGCCACCAUGUACCUGAACUUCUUGAGCAGUCACUUCCGCAAGACUGGAAAAAAGGCGACUCAGUGUUGUGGUAUCCAGAUAGCCCCAGUUACCAUCAUCCUUCAAGAGCAUGGAUCAAGUCACUUUGGAAUUAUCUGCAGCGGCAUUUUAUGAAUAAGUGGGAUAUUCGCCAACUCGAAGGACUACCUCUAAUCCCGUUGAGUAUGUCUCAGACGCCUGUUACCUUGACGCGUCUCUCCCGCCCAAGUAGGAUUGUUGUGAAACAGUAUAAUGAAGAAAGCAUUGAUGAGAACUUGGCAAAUGUGUUAAAAAGGCUCGAAAUUAUUGUAUUGCAUGAUCUACCGACGUUUAUAAGCUACCAUCCAGCUGUCAUGGGAACGUACGUGAAUGCACCAACUGUCCAAGGUGUUCUGAAAGCAAUGAUGACAAUGAAAUCUACAUUGCCACCAGGAAGUUUUUCUGAAAUCCUUCAAAGAGACCUUUCAAAAACAGAAAAGCUUACCCUAAGGUCCUUUCUUGCAAAUAUCAGCUCCUUUGACAUUGAAAAGGAAGGUUAUAGAGUCUUCUUGUGUUCCUUACCAAUUUUCGAAACACUCUACAAGAGGUUUGUUUCAAAGAAUGAUGGCUUGAAAGCAGCCCCUGCCGAGGCCCUUCCAGUCCCUCCACCGCAAGACCUUAUUGAUAUUUCCAACAACGACUCCUGGACUCUGGCACAAAUACUUAAAGUCAGGAUUUUACAACCCAUUGAGGUCAUCUGCGAGAUAAUAUUUCCCGGAAUCCAUGAAGGAAACUACGAUGAAGAUCAAAUUGAUGAAGUGAUGUUCUAUGUUUUUGAACGUUUUACACAUAUGAUCCGUAAAAACGCUAAUUUUAAGUGGCAACUGCAAGCUCUGUCCUUUGUCCCAAAGCAGACAGACCGGGUUAGGGCAUCAGAUGUGUUUGAUCCCCGAGACACCACACUAAAAAAGAUAUUUGCUCAAGAAGAUGUCUUUCCCGCAGGUGAGAUGUACACUGAUCCAGCUACCCUCGUUAUUUUGGAGGUACUUGGAAUGAAAGAUGAGUCCAACAUCAGUGCUAAAGACCUCUUUCAUAGUGUCAAAUGCAUGAUCUACCGACGUUUAUAAGCUACCAUCCAGCUGUCAUGGGAACGUACGUGAAUGCACCAACUGUCCAAGGUGUUCUGAAAGCAAUGAUGACAAUGAAAUCUAAAUUGCCACCAGGAAGUUUUUCUGAAAUCCUUCAAAGAGAACUUUCAAAAACAGAAAAGCUUACCCUAAGGUCCUUUCUUGCAAAUAUCAGCUCCUUUGACAUGGAAAAGGAAGGUUAUAGAGUCUUCUUGUGUUCCUUACCAAUUUUCGAGACACUCUACAAGAGGUUUGUUUCGAAGAAUGAUGGCUUGAAAGCUGCCCCUGCCGAGGCCCUUCCAGUUCCUCCACCGCAAGACCUUAUUGAUAUUUCCAACGACGACUCCUGGACUCUGGCACAAAUACUUAAAGUCAGGAUUUUACAGCCCAUUGAGGUCAUCUGCGAGAUAAUAUUUCCCGGAAUCCAUGAAGGAAACUACGAUGAAGAUCAAAUUGAUGAAGUGAUGCUCUAUGUUUUUGAACGUUUUACACAUAUGAUCCGUAAAAACGCUAAUUUUAAGUGGCAACUGCAAGCUCUGGCCUUUGUCCCAAAGCAGACAGAACGGGUUAGGGCAUCAGAUGUGUUUGAUCCCCGAGACACCACACUGAAAAAGAUAUUUGCUCAAGAAGAUGUCUUUCCUGCAGGUGAGAUGUACACUGAUCCAGCUACCCUCGUUAUUUUGGAGGUACUUGGAAUGAAAGAUGAGUCCAACAUCAGUGCUAAAGACCUCUUUCAUAGUGUCAAACAAGUUAACAGAAUUGCACAUCACCAAACAGCAAGACAGAAGUCUAAGGCAAUUUUAUAUCAUCUCAACAAUCACCCUAAGAAACUGAAGAAAAAAGUCGAUGGAACAGAGCUGGGACUGCUACUCAUGAAAAUGCAGUGGGUGCCACGAUUGCAGCAGAAACAAUCAAGUUUUCCUCCUUCGCUUCCAUGGUUCAAAACUGAGAAAGGAGCGGAGUGCUUUUUCAAGCCAACCGAGCUAAAGAGUCCUACCCUGGUCAAUCUCAUAGGAUCCGUUAGGCCCGUUGUGGAAUUAGAGCCACUUACGGAAGUGUUCGAAUAUUUUGGCUGGCAAAAAUUACCAGAUGUCUUUGAUGUUGCAUUGCAGUUGAGAAAUGUAAUAAGUUUCUAUUCCAAAGACGAGAAACCAUAUUACAUGGUUAUCUUAAACGAAAUCUACUCUUACCUCAGUCGUGCAAACUACCAAGCCUUAAGUCUGGUAUUUCAGCAAAUGGAAAUCGUCAACUGGGUAUGGAACGGAGAUGGCUUUUCCUCACCUUAUCAAGUCCUUUCGGGUAAACUACCUUUUGAUCUUACACCCUACGUACACCCUCUUCCCUCGGAGACGAUGAAGUUCUCCCUCCUCUUUGAACGGUUUGGAGUCAGAACACAUACUGAUCCAAAUGUCCUACUACAAGUUCUUUACGCAAUCAAAGAAAAGUAUGACGCUGAAGUGGCUCCAUUAUCCACCUAUGAAGUGUACCAUGACCUACAGUUAUCUGUUGGCAUAUUAAAUGAGUUGGCACAAGAAGAAUUACCCCCAGAUAUUCAAGAGAGGAUUGUUAUUCCUGUUUAUACCGAGAACAAAUAUGUGCUGCUUGAGCCGGUUGAGCGCUGCAUGUACAGUGAAAACAGAGAUUGGCUUGCAAACGACGGGGAAGAUGAAGACAUGGAAUACUUAUACGUGCACCCCGAUGUUCCUAGCCGCACUGCUCAACGUCUUGGUGUUCCUUCUCUUACAAAUCGAAUGUUGGAGCCUGAGGAGCUGUACAUAGGAGAAGAAUUUGGGCAGGAAGAGAAGCUUACUACUCGACUCAAUCGACUACUAGAAGACUACACUGAUGGGUUUGCAGUGCCAAAAGAACUAAUUCAGAACGCAGACGAUGCUGGUGCCACUGAGGUUAGAUUUCUUUACGAUGAGCGAACUAAUGAGGAUGCCAAAACCUGCCUCAUUGACGAAGGAAUGAAAGGUUGUCAGGGUCCCGCCUUAUGGGUCUACAACGAUGCAACGUUUAAAGAUGAGGACUUUGUUAACAUCACGAGACUAAAUGAAGCAACCAAAGCGCAUGACACUGCAAAGAUCGGCAGAUUUGGACUUGGAUUCAAUGCAGUGUACAACCUUACAGAUGUCCCCAUGUUCGUUAGUAGGAACUACUUGGCGAUCUUUGAUCCUCACACUUCCUUCCUGGGAAAAGCGAUCAGAAACAUAAGAAGACCGGGAAUGAAAAUAAAUCUCAACAAAGACGUCAAAAGACUGAAAAAAUUCAAAAAUCAGUUAAAGCCCUUCUAUGGCGUCUUUGGGUGUGAUUUACGUCUCGAGAAACAAGACAACUCAUUUGACGGAACCCUUUUUCGAUUUCCACUGCGGACGGAAGAUCAGGCUUCAGCGAGUGAAAUUAAGAAGUUAUGGUACAACCAAGAGCAGAUGCGCGAAUUGCUGCAAAUGUUUCUCCACGGUGCUGAGAAUGUACUUCUAUUCACGCAGAAUGUUCUAAGUGUGGGAAUCUAUCACUUACCGAACACGGAAAGCCAAGAUCCACAACCUACAUUGAUGUUUCAGGUCACAAAAUCGGCAUCCCAUGCUGGAAUCUUGAGAGAACUGUCGUUUACAUUUACCCUUCCUCCAACUGCAUUUAAGCUUACUCCAGAGGAAAUGAGUUUUCUUCAACAGUGCAACUUCCUUCAAGCUUCAUCAAAAAGCAAGAUGUUGGCACGCGGCAAGAAAGUCGACCCCAAAAAGCUUCCAAAGUCGUCCAUGAUAGUUGACGUCGAGUGCAGGUUAACAAAAAGCGGUUCUGAUUUCUUUCAUGACGGUUUCCAUUCGGAAAAGGCAACAUGGCUCAUUGUCUCGUCUAUGGGGAACGGCCAAGCACUGAAGUUUGCAAAUGACGAUCCUUGUCUUCUUCCUUCAGCGGGAGCAGCCGUUCAGUUGCUUCCAACAGAGUCGAACACUUUCUGUCCCUCACCAGUUGCGAAAACGUUUGAUGGUUUAGAUCUCAAAGGCACUAUAUUCUGCUACCUGCCACUACCAAUUCAUAGCGGUCUACCAGUUCACAUAAAUGGAGCAUUCGCCUUAGCCUCGAAUAGGCGUCACUUGCAAAUGAAACUGGAAGACGACAAGUCUUGCUAUGGAGUGGAAUGGAACAAUGUACUGCUGCUAGACUCUGUAACAUCUGCUCUCUUAGAUCUUCUGGAAGAUAUGAAAGGCAUUGCUCCCAAAGAUGGCUCGUACAAGUUUCAUUGUCUGUGGCCAAAGACGUCCGAAGUUCAUCGAAACUGCUUUCCACUAGUUCUGUCGUUCUACACACAACUCAGCAGGGGUGGUUAUUUUCUUUUCUCCAAUGGAGAGCACUGGGCUGACAUUACGCAAGUCAUUUUUCUUGAUCCAUCUUUCCGCAAAAAGCCCUAUAUCGGGGAGGCCGCGAAUGACGUUCUAAAAAUGUGUCACAGGGGUAGAGAAAUAGUCAUAGACUUACCUGCCGAUAUUUUGCAGUCUUUCGAAAAUUGUCGCCUGGAGAAAGCAAUCGGUGCCAGAAAAUAUAGCAAGAAAAGAUUUUUUCGUGAAGUUUUUUUUCCAAACGUUCACAUCCUCCCGGCCAAUGUUAGAGAUGUCCUGACUCUACAUGCUUUAGAUGACAGAAGUGGGGAGUUCUAUGACCUGAUAAGGCGGCACCCUUGUGUCCCAUCUGCACCAUUUGGUAAAACUCUUAUGACUCCUAGCGAACUCGUUCAUCCCUACGGAGAAGCAGCGUCACUAUUUUCCCCUGAAGAUGGUAGAUUUCCUUAUGGGAAUGAAGAAUCGUAUGCUCACCGGCAAAGGUUGUCCAAGCUUGUACAACUGGGAAUGUUAUCGAAUGAUCUUCCUUGGUCCGAUCUUACAGAACGAGCCCAGAGUAUCCAAAAGCUUAAUUCAGAAAGCAGUAACGAAGCAUUAACACGCAUAAAAGCAUUGUUAUCUUUCAUGGAGAAGAAGUUAAUUCGCCAAGAGAAACCUACAUCUCAGAUUUCUGCUCGUUUGUUAAAUACUAAAUUUCUUCCCAUUCUCCAGAAACCAAGAGAAUUUCCUCUCCAUUGGAAGGGAGAAGAACUUGUAGAAAAUUCACAAGUAUUGCUAGCACCGAAUGAAGCUUUCCUAGAAGAGAAAAAGUACUUAGUGUGCUGCACAGUACCAUUAAUUGGGGUUUCCGUUCCAAAGGAAGUGAGAUCCCUGUUAGAUCUAGACAAAAAGGGAAUUACAUUGGAUCAGGUGGUGCACCAACUGACGGCAGCAGUGUCCACAAAAGUAGAUUUACUUAGUGCAUCAGAGUACAAGGAACUAAGCCUGGUCUGUACCAGUCUUUAUUCAUGUCUUCAGAACUCCCUUGCUCGUUUCAGUGAUGAAAUCGUAGCAUACCUUCAAGGAACAAGUUUUAUUCUUGUCGGUAGGAGGUUUCUCUCUGCCAAUCAGGUUGCAUUUACAUUGCCCGUUGAUUGCUCCCCGUAUCUGUUCCAAAUUACGCAUGAGUUAGCUUUGUCUUUUACCCCAUUACUGAAGGCGGCUGGUGUUAAGACCAAAUUCGAUGAACAGGAUUACAUUUCAAGCCUACAGAAAAUAAAGGAACAAGCCGGACAACAGCCCUUAGAUAACCAAAAUCUUCAAGUUGCAAUACAUAUCGCAAAGCAACUCAGUGAAACUCUCGAUGUCACCAGAACUAACAGGCAGCUGUGGGAAGUGAUAUACGUCCCCAACUCUAAAGGAAUAAUGCACCCAGUGUCUGAACUUUGUAUUAGAGACUGUUCUUGGCUGCCGGACGAAGAAGGUGUGAACUUUAUUAAUGACAACAUUCCUUUACUAACAAGUAGGAAACUCGGAGUAAAGACACGAAAACAAGAAGCCCUGAGACCGCGUGCAUAUGGGAUUCCCUUUGGGCAACGAGAGAAACUCGCAAACCGCUUAAAACGCAUUCUAACAGGUUAUCCUUGUGAAAAAGAAAUUUUGAAAGAGCUCCUUCAAAAUGCUGAUGAUGCACAAGCAACUGAGGUUUGGUUCAUUAAAGAUCCUCGACACCAUCCAGACGAAAGAGUUUUUGAAGACAUUUGGAAGCCUCUGCAAGGUCCUGCAUUGUGUGUGUAUAACAACAAACCCUUCAGAAAUGAAGACAUUGAGGGAAUACGAAACCUUGGGGAAGGAAGUAAAGGGGAUGAUCCUAACAAGACUGGCCAGUAUGGAGUCGGCUUUAACGCUGUUUACCACUUGACUGAUGUACCCUCUUUUAUAACAAAAGGAAAGGACAUUGGAGAAGUUUUGUGUGCAUUUGACCCCAAUUGCAGAUAUGUUCCUGGCGCAACACCUCAAGAACCAGGAAUGCGUUUCGAGGACAUCCCAUACCUAAGAAAGCAAUUCCCGGAUGUAUUUCCGUGUUAUCUGGAGAAUCACUUUCAAAUUGAAAAUGGCACAAUGUUCAGAUUUCCUCUGAGAACAAGACAAAUGUCCAUGAAUUCUCUAAUAUCAAACAGGCUUGUGACGUUUGAGAUGUUGGAUACAAUGCUAGAGGACCUUAGAAAGGAAUUGUUUGAAGUCCUCUUAUUCGUCAACAAUGUAAAAAAGAUUACCAUCUGUGAGGUUCACAAAAACACUGGAGAACUAGUUAAUUUUUACUCUGUUGAGACUGCUAUGUCAAAGGAGGAUGAGACCGAAAAGCAGACGUUUUGCGAAAGGAUAAAAAAGGUUGGAACGUAUCCCCUUCCAAGUGAUAUUCCAGCAGCGAAAGUGUCUUACGUGCUGAAUAUUUCAGACAGUUUUCUCAACCAAGAGAAAUGGUUCAUUGUGCAACAGAUGGGAUUUCAGAAGGCGGUGAAAAAGAGUAUAGUGAAUGCCUUCAAGCGAAAGGAGCUGGGAAUGCUUCCUCGCGGUGGUGUUGCCUGUAUUUUAGAAAAGAAUUCAAAAGACAAUGUCGAGCGACGUAAGAAAGCCUACUGUUUUCUUCCACUUCCAUUUGAAACGGAUCUACCAGUGCACAUCAACGCGCAUUUUGCACUGGACCACGAAGCAAGGCGAAAUUUAUGGAGAGACGAAGGGGAUGGGUAUCGCAGUGACUGGAACAAUGCCUUACUAGGAGAUGUGGUGGCCUCAUGCUAUCUCACGUUAUUAACUGAAGUGCGAGCUUUUCUUAAAUUGCCCGUCUCUAAAGACGGAAAACCUUGCACUUUAACGUGUUCCGAAGGUGAGAUUUUGCAAAGCAUCAAGGCCUACGAAAGCAUCUUUCCUCUCAAACCUCUUUCGGACCCGUACUGGGAGACACUGGUAGAUUCUCUUUAUGCUGAAAUGGCAAGCAACAUGGUAAGAGUUUUACCAGUAAUAAGAAACAAAAUAUCCAAUGCAGUGUUUCCAGAAUGCGAAAGCAGGCACAUUGUUGAGCUCAGCUGGUUUCCUCCUGUUGGGCAGAGUAAACGACAAGAGGCGUUCUUUAAUGACCUUGCAGAAAAUGGUCCCUUUGCCAGACUGCCACAGAGGGAAAGAAAUGAGCCCCAGACAAAUGCAAGCAGAACGUUUGAAGAGAUAUUAUUGGAAAGUGGAUUCAACCUGGUAGCCUUCUCCUUGAACUUGCAUAAAACAUUGACACGAUCUGGAAUUCCCGCGUGUACAGUUACCCCGCGUUCAGUGGUUGAUUUCUAUAAAUCGUUAACCUCUCGAGAUCCGUUGUGUAAGAUUGGAUCCAUACCCUGCUAUAUAAGUGAAACCCCUUUCCGAGAUACCUUUGGGUUAAUUCUUGUCCUGUUAUACUGUAAAGGAAUGGCCAAUUUUACUGAUCACUUGCCGGGUCUUCCACUGCUUUUAACACAAGACAGCUGUCUUCGACUCUUCUCAACAGAGGAUCCCAAGUUUUUUUCCAGAUUUCACGAUAUCUUGCCUGGCUCGCCGCACGUCUUUGUGCAUAUGAACGUUGAUCAGAAAGUGUUCAAUGAGCCUGCAAAGUGGAAAUCAUCCUUAGUCAGGCCUUUGGAUGUAGAGGGAUUCUCGGCUCAUCUAGCCCAAACACUAGAGCUUGAUCGUUAUGGAAAAGGUCGUUUUGUAGAGUGGUCUUGGAAUCAAGACGGUGUUCCCAACCAACGAUGGAUAUCCAGAGUGUGGAUUUUCCUUAGCGACCUGUUUGCAAAAGUUCUCCGUGAUGAAAGUCUACCUGAACAAACCAAGUGUUCUCAGAUUAAGUCUGCUCUUGGAUCUCUUGCCAACUGGAGUAUCCUUCCAGCUACAGAGUCUAAAAUUGAAGCGCGGACAAGCCCUUUUCUUCCAUUCAGUAUAUACCCAACGUCCACUCAGUUUCUUGUUCCCUUAUCCAAGGCAACGGCUGUCCUCGAUUACAGAAGCUCAGAUGCUUCCAGUAAUAAUCUCUUGGAAGUUUUAAAGAAACUCGGUGUACCAGAACUCAAUUAUGCUGUACUGUCAAACUUGAGCUCUGCGAUCCGGCUUGCACCUUAUUUGGUUUCUUCUCUGAAGAUUCCUUCAUCUCUACUUACUGCCAUCCGCCAUAAGAUAGAGAAAGACCCUCAGUCUCCUGAGAGACUGGAUUCAAAGGACUGUAGAACAAUUUUGGAGUACUUCAGUAAAAGUGCGGCCGGUCUUCAUGAGGCAGACAAAAGCAAGCUAAAAAAGCUUCCGUUCUUCUUAGCGACACAUGGUGGCUUUGUACCACUUGACAAUGAUUGCCGUGUUUGUGUCCUUCCAGUUGGGAUACCGAGAAAGGAAAUGGAAAUCUUGGAGCGACACCGAAAGUUAGUCUUCAUUGAAUCCUGGGCAGUUCUCUCAAAUUUGUUCAAAUUCCUGGAUCUAGAGUGCGUUUCUGCCGUAGACGUUUACUGCACAUACAUUCUGCCAACGUUUCACAUCUUCAGCCAAGAAGGGAGGCUAGUACACCUGGAGUACAUUCGUAAACACCUUCUUUCAGAAUUUGCAGUAGAUAAUGACAUGGACAAACAAAGGCUUAGGAACUGUUUGGAAACAACUCCAUUUAUUCCCUCCAUAGAUGGAACGCUUCAAACUGCAUCCUCAUUCUACGACCCUGACGUUGACGUUUUUCGCAUAAUACUCCCACCAACCACUUUCCCUUCGAAGCCACUUAAUUCGCCAGAAUGGUUAAUGGUUUUAAGGACAAUAGGGUUGAUUCAUGAGGUCUCCCAUGAUCACUUCAAUAAAUUUGCCAGAGAGGUUGCACACGAAGCCAUUGCAGCACAAACAGCGAGGACAUUUGAGAAGUCACGAGUUCUAGUGAAACAUCUUUUUCACCGACACAAUGUAGUGGGUGAAGGUCUCUUACCUUCCAUAGCCGAGAUACCUUUUGUAAGCAGCGAGCCGGCAAGAAAAGGGCUCCGAGAGGUUUCCCUGCCAUAUCAGGGAAUGGCUGAUAACCAGAUUCCGUUCUGUGCAUUCAAAGGGGCCGUUCCAGCCGAGUAUGCUGAAAUUGUUUGGACACAGGCGCGUUUACUUCCACGUUGGGCGGAUCCAAUGGCUUGCCGCCGUGAACUUAGCUGUCCCCACAAAAUGCGCAUUGAGAAUUACUGCAAUAGUUUUGCUUCUCAACUUCAAAUUGUUGCAGAGCCAUCUCUAGAACUUGUUGUUCGUCAUUGUCAAGCCGUUUGUCACUCUCAUGAAAACAACGAUGACAGUAAUAUUCCCUCACCUGAGAAACGAACGACUUUAAAGGCAGUGAUGGAACGCAUUUACGAGUUCUUGCAGACAAAGCUGAACACAGGGAACGAUGUGAGAAGCCUUCUGGUGAAUACGCCUUGCGUUUUAGUCGAGCAAGGGAAGAAAUUUAUUCUUCCCCGACAGGCAGUACUCCAAUUAUAUGAACAUCUCGAAAUCAAGCCCUUUCUUUACAGUCUACCUCAAGAUUUUGGCAAGUUUCACCCUUUAUUUCAAGCUCUCGGUUGUUCAAAGUAUGUAUCGAUUGCCCACUACGCUAUGGUGUUACAAAUGCUGUACCUGAAAUCUAACAACGACAAACUACAUCCGAACGAGAUCAGAGCGUGCGUUAAAGCAGUGAAAGGUUUUUUUCAACUGCUCGAGGAAAGCGAGGAAGAGUUGUCGAGCUUUCCACAGCUUUACCUUCCAGGAAUUUCCUUUAGGGGAAGGUCCUUAGAAGAAGCGGAGGACGUUAUACGAGUGACAUUACAACAAUCUUCGCACUUGGUAUUUUGUGAUGUUCCGCCGUCUUUCCUUGAUCGUCUGCAGAACUUUGACCAUCUGCUGCUUGACCUGAAAUCAAUGAAAGUGACUUGCAGUUCCGCUAUGACGAAUUACAAAGAGCUAGUAAUGAAAUUGCCAACUAAGUUACGACCCAAAAUGCUAUCCAGUUUAGUUAAAGAAACAAUCUCCUCGAAGAGUGAGAUAAAAACCAUUUCGGUUGCAGCGGUGAAUUCUCUCAAACACAAGCUGACUUGCCCACAGUUCAUUGCUGCGAUUGUGAGACUGAUACGGGACGAGAACCAGAACAGGAAGGAUAUAGACGACGACGUUAUUGCAAAAGUCGAAAGUCGCCUUCGUGGUAUUGAUAUCUGCGUUGUAGAGAACCUCCAAAGUGUCUUAGUUUGUGACAACAGUCCUGUUCAGGGCAGCCAAAAGAGAGUAUCUUCCCUCGUAGAAAGUUCUGUCAUUUCAGAUGAAGAGAAGUGGACGGUCUAUCUAGAUCUGCUUUCGGUAAUGAGCGAAACCCUUCCAAUUUACAUAGUUUCCGACGUAAUUGUACUAGUUUUGGAAGGUCUUCUUGGUAACAGAGCACUUAUGAUCCCUCGCGUGUUAAAUUGUGACCCCAGUGACAUUUCUGCGUUAUUAGAUGCUUUGGAUGUGCGUCCAGAUGACUCCUACGUUGCGCGGGCAGAAGUUGAUAUCUAUCCAAAACUUGGCACUUUUAUUCCAGUGAUCGACCAUCAUUUGUUAAACGAUGCCUUUGAAGAAUUUGAACCUGGUGAAUACGUUGGUUUUGAGCUCGAAGAUCCAACUUUAAACCACGAGAAAGGUGUUCCCACUUACAUCUAUGCAAGAGUUGUUAGGGAAGUGACAGAGGAAAGGCUUCCACUCUUGACGAAGAGAUACAAAAUCGACAUUGGCGGUGGCCAAGAAUUAGAGGUUGAUGUCGCAGACCUUUACAAGUUUCAUCGUUUGUCAACCCUAUCAUCUGCAAUUGUAAUAUUUGAAGGUCAAGAACGGCGUCCUCCCGAACGACCUAAAAGAAGAAACCAGCAAGAGGUAUUUGAUGAGAUCUCGAAACUUCUAGAAGAUGCGUGGAAAUUACCAGAGGAGAAACGCCGAAAAAUCAUCAAGAGGCUGUAUCUGCAAUGGCAUCCUGACAAAAACGUGGGUGAUGAGGAAUUCUGCACAGAAGUUUGCAAACAUAUCCAGAGUGAAACGUCGCGGCUGGAAAGAGGGGAGCCUCGAGGAUGUCAGCAAAGCUCCGGAAUGGGCUCCAGCCGAAGUCAACAUGGCUCUUACGGCCAGUUUUUUAAUUGCUGGGGGGAACGCGCCAGGGAACAUCACACACAGCGCGAAGGAUACAGAUCCAGACAGCAAUUCUCUCGAAACUCUGCCAGAGCGAGGAAUCCUCAACCAAGGGAAGCUAGGCGAUGGCUCAGGCAGGCUGAGGCUGAUAUAGCAGCAACAGAGAAUGACAUUGUCCACCAAAGACCCUUCUAUGAAUGGGCGUGUUUCAAAUGCCACCAGGUA